GAGCACGGUCACACCUAAACGACGUAGCUGGAGAAGAUCAUCAAUUGCAGCACAGGAGAGGAGUGGCAGUUGGUGACGAAGAGAUCGAUCUCAUCCAAUUCUGAGCAGGAGCGGUCGGAACCAUGACGAUGGACGCCACCGCCCUGCCGUCGGAGCUGCUCGUGACCCCGCAGCCGCUGGUUGGCUUCUGUGGGCUGGACACCGCCCGGGUGUCGGUGCACAAGGCCGUUUGGGAGGCGUUCAGCGGGAGCUUGCAGCGCAAGGCCGCCGACCGGGCCGCCGUGCAGUAUAAGCUGCUGCCCCCAAACUAUGAGUUCCCGGUGGCCAAACCCAAGCGAGCAUCCUACGAGUGGUACCACCCGAAGGGCAUACUCAAGCGGAACUGGAUGCUAAAGCACCUGCACGUCCUGCCGUCGGUGGUGGUGCUGUUCCAAGAUAUGGAGUGGAAUGACCUUCAGUGGACGGAGAAGCAGGUGCAGUGUGCGGCAAUCGUGCAGGCCCUCAAGAACGCCCUGCAAGAAAGAAAUACCCGGCUGUGUCUAGUGCUGCUGCAAAGGGCAGCGCCGCUCCCACCUGGCGAAGAUCUCCUGGCCGCAGAGCGAGCGGCCAGUCUGACAAACGCUUGUGGAAUAACCAGCAAGAUGCUGUUCAUUCUCCCGCAUACAGAGCAUCUCACAGGCUACGCCCUGCGAUUGGAGUCGGCUUUCCUCGAUAUGGCACAGUCCUAUUACGCCCUCAUGUCCAAGCGGAUUCGGAACCAUCGAGAUCAGCUGACGGCGGCUCACACAUCGUUGAAGAUCCGACACCAGUUCAAAUUGGGGUUCGUGGCGGAGAUGCGGCAGGACUUCAGCACUGGACAAAAGCACUAUUUCCAAGCCUAUGCAAAUCUGGACGAGAUACGCAUCAAUGACGGUAAUUGCCUGGAGAUUAAGACUCUGGCAGGAUUUUUGAACUAUAAGAUCUGUCGGCUUAUGUUUAAGCUAAAGACUCCCAGGGAUGCCAUUAACCAGUUCAUCAUCCAUGUGGAUAAAUACAAGUCUCGAGUGGGUUUCAAAGAUCUGGCUUUUGAGCAUCAUGCCUGGUUAAGCACGCAACAUUCCGUAUUCGCUGAGCUCUUUUGCGAGGCCAUCAAGAACGGACUGCCCGCCCUACAGACUCAACAUCCUGGAAUCUAUUACCAUAAAGCAGCUGAAUUCGUGAUGAAGCGACGGGAUGCAGCUCUGGAGGCGUAUGCUGCGAUGCAAGCCUCUUCAGAAGCUACACCUACACCGAUUCAGAAUCCGUUGUCCCUGUACACAGAGUUUUUCGGAAUCCGUGCGGUAAAGACGGGCGAUCUGGUGGCCGAGCAACAAGCCAAUAUGCAGUUAUGUGAUCAGGAGCGCAGCUAUAACCAUUCAGCGGGAAUCAUAGCCCUGCUCAGCCAGGCCAUGGCCCAGUUCAAAAUUUACAAGUGCCUCAGGUUUCGAAAGAAACUAGCUAUCGAUAUGGCAGAGGAGUACUUCAAGAGCGGGGAUCAUGCCAAGGCUUUGACUUUGUAUUCCCUAAUGCUGCCCGAUUAUCGUCAAGAGAAAUGGGCUACGAUAUUCACUGAUGUUUUGCUUAAAACACUCCGUUGUGCGCUGCUCUCGGGAUCUGUAGCCGACUACAUUGCCUGCAGCGUUGAAGCAUUGUCUCUGCGCCAUCAGUCCGAGCAGUCGGAGCGAAUUCUGAUACUGGAGAACCUUUGGCAGGUGUUUCAAGGCGUGCCACCCAUGCCGAAAACUCAGUUGACACCCGAGGCGCAGACGUUGUGGACUAGUGCGCUGCCCAACGUGAAAUCGCCCAUACAAAUUGAUUUAGAUAAGGUCAACGAUGUGGUGGAAAUGUGUGCCACAUUCGAGCGGGUUCAGUUGAACAACGACGACUUGCUGCAGUUGCAACUGAUAGUGCGUGUGCUCACGGAUGUUCCUUUGAGGAUACGCAGCUUCCAUGUCAUUCUGGCCGAUGCGGGAAAUCCCCAGAACAGCUACAAACUGGAGGCACUCAAGUAUUUCUGCUUUCCCACCCUCACACAGCUACGUGGCCAAAAGCAGCCGGAUGAUGAGCAACUGGAGAAUCAGCCACAAGAGCCCAAAAACUUUGAAAAGAAUAUGAGAUUGGAGCCCGGCUCCUACUACCAGCUUUUCUGCAGCACCGAAGCGCAGCAGUUCCACGAGAACACUCAACUGCGCAUUGUCCGACUGGAGGCCCACAUGGGCACUGACCAGGUAGCCGCCCUACUCACGUGCAGCUCCAACUACUCACGGCAUCUGUUCCGACAUCACACGCGCAGCCGCGAUCUCGAUGACAACGUGACGAUCAAUCCCAUUUGCUACAUUGCGCCCACCUUUCAUCUGGACACGCAAACAAACCUUGGCCAUGGACAUGAUAACGGCUUGACUGAUGGCAAGGAAGUGGUGGCUACAAAAAUGCUGGUCAACGAAUACUUUCCUGUUGUGACCACUGUCAGCAAUCCAUACAAUGUCUAUCUGCAGAAUGUGGGCGUGCACAUUAGUAUUCCCGUGGGUCUGCGAAAUAGUGUAUUCCUCACCACGGACAUCUCACCGGGACGCCAAAAACUGCACUCUCAGAUCCAAAUAGACGUGGGUGAGCUGUCGGCCCACGGGAGCAACACGGCCACCUUCUACAUCUUCAGCCUGACGGAGGCGGAAAUAAAGCUGGCACAGAGGUUAAGCUACACUUUGGAUGUGGAUCGCGGUCCAGGUGGAGGUAGCAGCAAUGCCCGGGUGAGCACAGCUCCGAACAGCUCAGAGUCUACGCCCGAUCACGAGGUGAAGAGUGUAAUCCCGAGCGUAGCUGCCAUUUCCCCGGUGCAGAUCGAGUAUCUGGACGAGACGCGGUUGAGAAAGUCACGAGAGGAUACGCUCACUGUGCGAUGCUAUGGCGACUUUAAGUUCACCGCACGCUUCUACACGAUGGACAGGAAGCCUUUGAACCAGGUGUAUCGUGGCGAGAACUUUUUGCUCAGGGCCAACACGGAAGUGGUGGCCGUGGACGAUGUGGAGAUACUAGACAGCUUCUUUAUAUGUGAUCACAACCUAGUGCAAUCAAACUACAGCUUUAAGCAAAAGAAAUACACCAACAAGUACAGCGCCGGAGAGCAACUGGAAAGCGUGAUAGUCCUCCGAACGAAUGCCACUCUGCGGGACUGGACGACUGCCCGAGAUCUGGAUCACCGCGGCAAGUUGGAGGGCAAGACGGUGGCUAGUAAGUUUAUCAGGCCCGUACCUAAACCCUCCUCAGAGGAGCCUCUCGCUCCCACACCGCCAGCCGGAAUUAGUGCCUACAUGAGCAAGAGUCUGGUGACCAAGAUACCCACUACCAUGACUAUUAUAAACAGCAACUCGGCUGUGUCCAAUGCCCUGCAGGUGGCCAAUGCGGGAGUGAUGAGCAACUCGAUGCAGUCGGAUGAUGUGAAUGUGGCUGAGGAAGCGAUAAAUACCCAAGAGGGAAUCAAAACCACACGACUCAUAUACAACAAGGCUUUGGAAGCCGUCCAGGGCACGGGACACUGCCGCGGCUUCAUCAAGGGAAUCUACACGUUGGAGGGCAAUCCUUCUGCUGUGCCCAUUUUCGGAGUCUUCUGCAUUCGCUGGCGACGAGCCAAUUGCAAGGAGGAGAACGAGUCCAAGUUUGUGAUCCGUGGCUUAGACAUUGCAGAGCCGCCGCUGAACAUCUACUGCACCAUCGAGGAGAAGAUGUUUGUGAAAAUGCCCAUGGCCUUUAAGGUGGUGCUGAAGAACCCCACGACGCAUGUGCUCCACCUGAUAGCCAACCUAAGUAUCAGCAAAACGGAUAACUUUAUAUGCUCGGGUCACAAGCAGCUGGACAUAUCCAUAAUGGCCUACGAGGAAAAGGAACUGGUCUACAACCUGUAUCCGUUGCAAGUGGGCUGGCAAGAGUUGCCAGUGCUGAGUCUGGAGUACAAUACCAAGGCCGAUCCGCAGAAGAAAGACAGCCAGAAUGCCUUGCUCGACGAAUUGGUGCAGCGUGCACUGCCCAAACGAGUCUUUGUGCUGCCACCUCUGAAGCAACAGAACAAGUAGGGAUGAUACUGAUAUAAUGCCGCUUUAGUUUAAGUGUUUUAAAGUUUACAAAUAUCACUGGUGUGUAAAAAUUAACUACGCCUACUCCCUCUUUAUUGCUAACAACAAACAUACAUACAUAAAUAGCUAUAUAUUUAGAGAGUUACAUAGCGUAAUACUUGAGAGUGUGUGUGAUUGUAUUGUAUAAUGUAUUGUUAAACGGGCCAAGACGCACUAGACAUUAUUGUUAGUUGAUUACGGCGUUUUAGAUAAGCAGUGCUAAGUCCCGGUCAGUACCGCAAGUUGCACAUAUUUUCGUACAUCCUUUGAACGUACAGUAAUAAAUAUAAAGCAUACAAAUAUCGUUGAAA